UCUGUCUCUCUCUUUCGCUAUCAAUCGCGUUUGUCGUGGCGGUCAACUGAUCAGAAAUAUAGCCAGAGCCAAGUUAAAAAAAAACAAAUAUAGCUGAAUUAAUUAUAAAAUUAAAAAAAAAAUUCAAUCAGCAUCUCAAACUUCAAUGGGGUUUCUUCGACUUGUUCUCGAGGCGGUUUUCGGUGGAAAGAGACGGAAGAAGAUGGUCAGAGGUAGUAGUAGUAGUGGUGGUGCUGUUGUUCGUGGCGGUAGUAGUGUUAAGCAGAGAGGCUUCUCAAUGAAUCCAAAAGACUACAAACUUAUGGAAGAAGUCGGCCAUGGAGCUAGCGCCGUUGUCUAUCGAGCGAUCUAUCUCCCGACCAAUGAAGUCAUCGCCGUCAAGUGUCUGGAUCUCGAUCGAUGCAAUAGCAAUCUGGAUGAUGUGAGGAGGGAAUCUCAGACUAUGAGUUUGAUAGACCAUCCAAACGUUAUAAAGUCGUUUUGUUCGUUUUCCGUCGACCAUAGUCUUUGGGUGGUGAUGCCAUUCAUGGCGCAAGGCUCUUGUCUGCAUCUUAUGAAGACUGCUUAUUCAGACGGGUUUGAAGAGUCGGCUAUUUGUUCUAUAUUGAAAGAAACUCUUAAAGCUCUUGAUUAUCUUCAUAAACAAGGCCAUAUCCACCGUGAUGUUAAGGCAGGAAACAUACUUCUUGAUGACAAUGGUGAGAUUAAGCUUGGCGAUUUUGGCGUGUCUGCUUGCUUGUUUGAUAACGGUGAUAGGCAACGUGCAAGAAAUACAUUUGUUGGUACUCCUUGCUGGAUGGCACCGGAAGUCUUGCAGCCCGGAAAUGGAUAUAAUUCCAAGGCUGAUAUCUGGUCGUUUGGUAUAACCGCACUUGAAUUGGCCCAUGGUCAUGCACCCUUCUCAAAAUAUCCCCCCAUGAAGGUGCUGCUAAUGACUAUUCAAAACGCACCUCCAGGUCUUGAUUACGACCGUGAUAAGAAAUUCUCAAAGUCCUUUAAAGAAAUGGUUGCAAUGUGUUUGGUGAAAGAUCAAACAAAAAGACCAACCGCUGAAAAGUUGCUGAAACACUCCUGCUUCAAAAACACUAAGCCCCCUGAGCUUGCUGUGAAGUCGUUAUUUGCUGAUUUGCCUCCUCUUUGGACACGUGUAAAAUCUCUUCAGGCCAAGGAUGCUGCACAGCUUGCCUUAAAGAGAAUGGCCACUGCUGAUGAGGAAGCUAUAUCAAUGAGUGAAUACCAAAGAGGAGUGAGCGCUUGGAAUUUUGAUGUCAAAGACUUGAAAACACAAGCAUCUUUGCUAAGUGAUGACGAUGGUCUAGAAGAGAGUCAGGAAGAUGAAGAAAUCUUCCAUACACGGUUUCAUAAUAAGGUGAAUGAUAGUCCGGUACUAUAUGAAAACAUGAACGGGAAGGAAAAGGUUUCCACUACUGAGGUGGAAGAACCAAACUGCGAAGAGAAGUUCACUUUCAUCACUAAUGCUUCUUCUGUGACACCAAACUCAGAGCAUGAAGUUCCUGAGGCCAAGGCUAAUAAGCCGGUAAGACGCCAAAGUCAGAGUGGACCACUUACAAGCAGGGCCGUUGUAUCAGCUUCAGAGAAAGGUCAAAUGUUUGAAAGAUCCGAGAGUGAACACCAGGCAGCCCCGUCUGUCAAAAGAGCUCCUAGCUUUAGCGGUCCUUUGAAUCUUUCAACUCGUGCUUCUUCAAACAGCUUGUCAGCUCCUAUUAAAUACUCAGGAGGAUUCCGUGAUUCUCUGGAUGAGAAGUCAAAGGGUAAUCUUGUUCAGAAAGGAAGAUUCUCAGUAACAUCAGGAAACUUGGACCUUGCUAAGGAUGUUCCAUUGAGUAUAGUCCCUCGUCGAUCUCCACAGGUUUGUUAUUCUAGUCUCUUCUCUAUUAUUGUAGAUUUGAUGAUUUCUUCUCCUCACCUGAUAAAUCAUACACUCAAUUUCCAGUCAUCCCCUCUGAGGAAAUCUGCUAGUGUUGGUAACUGGAUACCUGAGCCUAAAAUGCCAACGGUUCAGCCUCAGACCAUCAAGGAGUUAAGUAGCCAACCUAUGUCUCCCUCACUCAUCAUACCUCAACUUCAACAUAUUUUCCAGCAAAACUCAGUACAACAGGAUCUUCUUAUGAACUUACUGAGUAGUGUACAAUCCGCAGAGACGAUGGACGGUUCUCAAUCUGGGAAGUUACCACCUUUGCCUCGCUCAGAGACUAAUGGAACCGUUGAUUCUGUGCCUUCUGAGAGGGAGAGGAUGCUACUUAGCAGCAUCUCUGAGCUCCGUGCUAAGCUGAACGACUUAACGGAGGAACUCGAUUCAGAGAAAUCAAGAUACAACCAACUACAGCAGAAACUGAAAGCAUUCACUGGUCGCGAACUAGUGUAAGCAGGAGCGGGAAGCGAGGGCGGAAAAAACUGAGCUGCACAGAACCUGUAGGAGAACGAGUUGAAAAGUCUUAUCAAUAAAAAACCAGAUAAGACUGUUCAAAAAUACUAAAGGCUGUGAAGCAACAACAACAGCGAUUUUCUCUAGUUAGGUUCUGUGUGUGUUUCAGACGGUGAUGAUGACGACCACAACGAGAAAACUAGCAGUGUCUCUGCUUCUGAUGUAAAACUAACAGUUAAAAAGACAGCAGAAAAACGAAUACAAAAAAAUAAAAUUGAAAAGGAGAAGAAAGGCUCUCAACACCCACUUCGAAUUUUAUUAUCACACGUUUUGAACAAGUUUUUAUUCUUUUUUUGGUCUUUUUAUUGUUGUUAGUAAGAAAAGGGAAAUCACUUUUUGGAUCAUUUUGUGUAUUUGUUUAAUUUGUAAAUGCAAAUAUGAUUGACCUA